AGAGGCUUCUGGGAGUUGUGGAUGGUUUCCAUUUUUCAGUGUCUAGUUUUACGCGGUGCGAAACCAAUAGUCCACAUGAAACUAAUUGAAAGAUGACGAUAUGGCGCGUAUUUCAACAAACUACAACCUAAUAUUGCAAGAGCAGGUGUUGGGUUAACCCGAGGUGCAGAUCAAAACAUAUUUUUUAGAAACUGCUGCUCAAACAGAUUGUAAUGGUAAUUUUCGGUAAUUGCAGCUAUUUACGGGAUACUAAUACGUCAUGCAGAACGAUUGUGAGCUAAGAAGGGGCUCAACAAGAGAGCCGUUGAUAUGCUGUUACGAUGGCAGGAAAGCCUGACUUAUCAGCUGCUCCUGGUGUACAAAAUGUAGUGGUAUACGUAUCGAAUGACAACUUUGCUCAAGCAUAUGCUGUCGGGCAGCAAAAUGUGCCACAAAACAACCACCAGGCUGUCCACAGCUCUGGGUAUCCAAACACAUCUCAUUCUAUGGCCCCCGUGGUGGGCCCCACUAAGACAUUCACCGACAAACAGGUCAUCAAACCUCCCGAAUACACGUCAAACGGGCAAGUAGUAAACAGCUCUGUCCAACAAGGAGGUUACUUUGCUGGUGUGAUAUCUCAAAACGGGUUCCCACAGCCUAUAGUGAACAAUAUAAGUUAUCAGAAUGGCGCUGUUAUCAAGAACUACAGCAACAGCGAAGUGCUAUCAGGUGAGAGGCAGGCUGGUCCUGGCAGGCCUGAUAUCAAAGUGCGGGACGAGUGUGACAAUCGUGAUAGUUAUGUGGAACCGGGUUACGUGACGGUUAUGGGGGCCGAGGUGCCCUCCCAGAGUGUUCGUUGUGAUUCAGUGCGCUCCGAGACUGCCGAGUCGAGCUGCAGCAGCUUGAGUUCGGCAGAUGAAGGGCUGGUAGUAGUGCAGAACCAGCCGCCCGAGAUGGUAGUGUACGAUCCUAGUGUUAGUGUGCGGCCUGCGGGUGUGGUUCUGGCAGUCGGGCCGCCUCCCAUACCCCAGCAGACACAAAACAGUUCUUCCGUUGUGGGAACUUUAAAUACAAGUCAACAGCCGUUCGUUACUGUGCCGUAUGGUUGGAAGAGACUUUUUAAUAAUGGAAGCAUCAUUUAUAUCAGUCCGAGCAACACGGCCCUGAGUUCGCCGGAACAAGUGAAGGAAUAUUUACUGACGGAGGGUACUUGUAAGUGUGGCCUGGAGUGCCACUUCAAGUACGACAGCGUCUUCAACUUCGACCCUAAGGUGGUGAGCAAGCCAUGGGUGCUGUCGCCGGACACAAACACGGGGGACCUGACAAAAUUGUGCAACCACAAGAGAAAAAUAAUCGCCAUGGCCUCGCUGGACUGCAAGCCGCCCGAUCCCAACAUCAAACUGCGGAAAGAGUACAACGUGAAAAGGAAGAAGAGAAAAAUUGGACUGCCCUACGCUGGAGGAGUUUCCGUGUCGCAAAUUCUGGCACACCGUGAAAAGUUAGCUUUAAAUCAACAUAGUUUUAAUAAGGAGGCGAUCGGGAAUUCCCCACAGGUAUGGCCCCAGUCACCAGUGAACGGUCCUCAGUUGGUAUCAAACCGUCUGCAGGGUUAUCCAGAGAGCCCUCAAAAUCAUCACUUGGUGAGGUGUCAGGAUCAGGCUGGCCACAGAGUGAUGGCUGGCUCUCCAGUAGUUGUAGGAGAUGGUACAAUGAUGGUCCAACAACCCAGCCCUCAAUCCAACAUAUCCCAUCAACAGGUACCUCAAAACCAACAAAUUCCUCAGAUGUCUCCCGCAAAUCCCACUUCGGUUAACAUCCAGUCCCAUCAAAUAAUAGGACCAAAUGGGCAGAUAAUAAACGUGCAAGGUUCCAUGAACCAAGGUCACAAUCAACCAGUGAAUCACUUACCCCAUUCUAAUAAUGGUGGGGUGGUUAUACAGGGUCAGAAUGUUGUUCAAGUGCAACAACAACAACAACAUCAGCAACCUCAACAGCAAAGGAUAUUUAUUAAUGGUCAACCAAAUGAACCUAGCGGUCCUGGUCGGCCCAACAUUCAAAUGAUACCAGUCAGUAUAUCUAAUCAGCAACAUAACAUUAUAAACCAACACAGGCCAGAUGUUCAACAAAGACCACAACAACAGCCUCACGUUCAUUUCUAUAACGGUCCACAGCAGUACUCACCGGUUCAGCAAUAUGACUCCAGUAAAAACAUAAGACCGUUUAAUCAAGUGAUGAACGGAUUCCGCCCUCAAGCUAUGCAAAGUCAUCCGAGCAAUCCGAUGAUUCCAACGUCGGUCCAGGUGCAACACCAACAGCACCAGCAGAAGAUUCAGUGGCAGCAGAGGAUGCAGCAGAGUAUGAACCAACAGCAACCACAACAAAAUCAAGUCCCUAUGAAUCAGGCCAGUCCACAACCAAACCAACACAACCCUACGAACGUCUACGAAAGGGUCCCACCGCUUCAUCAACACACGCCGUCUCCAACAGUAUGGCAAGAAGAUAUCAAGAGGAAGAAGGUCAAAUUGGGGAAAAUUGUAAAGAAUCGACCAUAUCACGUAAUGGAAAAUUGCCAGCUCAGUCACGCUCCCUGCCCUAACAUCGAUGUCAGGCAAAUACCUAAUGAAAGCAGAGCUGUUAUAAUAAACCAGUUGCCUCAUAACAGUCAGAGUUCCUCAAGUCCCUCUUUCAUGGAAGACCCAAGUGGUUAUCUUGCUCAGCAAACCGCUCUUCUAAACAACACUAUAAAUAGACAAACAGGGGCCAACGGAUGUUCAGGAUAUGUUUGUAACAGCCCCGUCACAUCACUGCAAAGUCCUCAGCAAAACAUGGUCCCAAUCACUAAUUCCCAAACCAAUGAGGUGCCUUUACCUAGCAAUAUGGUGCUGUCGCAAAUGAAACCUCAUGUCCACAGUGUUACGAACAGAACCAACCAAAAUGUCGUGAAGAGUCCUCAGAUGUCUCACAAUAUCGUGAUGUCUCCGCAGUUCGGCCAGAUACAAAUGCAACCAAGCAUGGCGGACAGCAGUGCCUUGCCCGAACAACAUCAGCAAUACGCUCAUUGUCAGGGAUGUGUAGCGGAUAGCAUGCAGCAACAGAACCAGUUUGUGAUGAAAGAUCCUAAUCAAAUGAAAAUUCAAGGCCAUUCGAGACCAAGUAGUACUCCGGGCACUCCAAGUUCCUCGGGCGCUUCCGACGAUCCCGUUACUUCUUCCACUUAUUCCGAAAAACCUAGUAAUCAAACCUCUCCGGAUUCUAGACCUAUCCAGGGUGGUACCGUUAGCACCAGCAACGUUUCGCCGGUUGACGGAAUGCAGUCGGAUCCUCCGACUCCCAAUCCGCACCCUCCAACCCCGCCGAGAAUACCGGACACUUCUCAAAUUAUCAACACUAGCAUGCCUUUUGUCGUCUACUCCCAGCCCAAUCAGAUGCAGCACUUACAAAUAAACCAGCACAAGGAAAUGGGAAUGAAUAAUUACCAAAAUCAGAAUCAAGCCGUACCCAAGCAGGACGGAAUGUGUUGUUCGCAUUCUCACCCGUCGAGUGGAAUUCACGCCUCGCGCAUGUCAACUGUGUACCCGUCGGGAAUCGUAACGACCAUGGCUAGCGGUCGAACCGUCGGCAGCAACACUAUCACGUCUGUGCUUGCGGGCCGAGCGAACACCGCGACCGUUUCCAUAAACAGCCCAUCGUCGGUGACCGGAUCAUCUACACCUACCUCAACACCUGGGCAAAACAUGCCGGCGCUUCAGACUCAAGCGAUAACCGUGAAUGUAUCGAAAUCGCCGCUGGAAAUGGUUCAGAGCGUUGUGAGCAGUAUCCAAGUCCCGCAGUCGCAGCACCACGUACUGAGCUCGUCUGCCCAGUCGAGUCCUCAGAUGUCCCCGCAAAUCAUCAAACAUUCUCCUACGGGUUUACCGCCGGGACAUAUCUUGGUUUCGUCCGGCGGUCAGCUGAUCAUGGCCAGUACCGGCAACGGACAAGGAGGCGUUAUGGCGCCGCCACCUCCCAAGAUAAUGGGCAGCCAAAGCGGCAUGCCCCCCAUCUCCGUUUCCCCCAUGGUGACCAACGUCACCGCGUCGGUGGCCCAGGUUAUCCCAGCCGUCGCUCAGCAGGUACUCGGGCAACAGACGGUGCUAGUAAACGCUCUUCCGGCUCCGUUUGUCUUACAACCAGGCGUUACAAUGACGAUGGACGGAAUGACGGUUGGACAGAACAUGCAGCUGCCGCAUUUGGUUGCGGGCAACGUGAUACAACAACAGAUACAGAUAGACAACGGCGACCCGCGACGGGCGCCCCUGCUUUCCCCCGAGACGAAGAAGAAGGGGAAGAAGAGGAAGAUGUCCUCGCAGACCGUUGCCAGUAUGCUGCACAUUGCCGCGCAACAAAACUCCGGAGUCGUCAUGUCCCAACAGGGAUUCCCGCAACAGAUACAGAUGGCCCAUAGCCCUCAGGGCAUAACGACAGGACCCGUUAUGCAGGCCCUUACCAUCGUACCCAGUAAGACUGGGGGGCCCCCGCAGAUCGUCAUGAACAGCCAGGCGAUGGCCAACGCCAACUUAGGAACGCAACAAUUAAUCACCAAUUCCCAGCCAGCUCAACAGAUAAACCUGCUGCAACCCGUCAAUUUAAUUAACGGCACCACCGGAGUGGUACAAAACUUCCCGGCAAUCCAACAGUUCAUCGUACCAAACCUGGGUGGGAUGGUCAUGAAUCCCGACGGCACCGCGACCAUUCUCCAAGACACCUCGAAUCUAGGAAUGCAGCUGCAGAUCCAAAACGUCAACGGUCAGAACGUGUUGACUCCGGUACAGAACAGCAGUAUGUUUAACGGCGGGCAGAGCAUUCUUGCCGCUGGUCCCGCCGGGAUGGUCAUACGGGCGCCCAAUUCGCAAGGAAAAAUUAUCCAACAACAGCAGCACAGUCCCGGGGCGCAAUUUCUAUCGCCUAACGGAGGGCAGUUCGUGGUGAACGGAACUCAAUUCAGCGGGCAGCUGAGCCCUCUAGUUGCGAGCGUGAGCCCAUCCCAACAGGUGACGUUCAGCACGUCGCCCCAACAGAUAAGGCCUAACAACUCGAUGCAACCGGCCCAGCAGGAAUACAUACAGAUGAACGGGCAGAUGGGGCAGACGCUUAUGGUUCCGUGUAGCCCCGCGGCUAACAUCGCGGUUUCCUCGUCGAAUCAGCAGAACACGACGUUCGUGCAGCAGAACACCACCAUCGUACAGCAACAGACGACCAUGGUGGCCAACAACCAGCAACUUCAGAACUUCCAGCAGCAGAAUAACCAACAGAACCAGCAGAACGUCGCUAGAACGGCCACCCUCAACCUGGACCAACAGAACUACAUCAUCAGUUCCAACGACAACAAACAGAUGCAGGCCGUUGUGGUGCAGCAGAGGGAGAGCCCUCAGAAUUCCCUGAAUUACAGGCACUCGGUGUCCACGCAGACGGCGGUGAACCAGAACGCUCAGUCGGUCACGACGAAUACGUUCUGUCAGACUUCGACUAUCUCAGCUGGAAGUCCGCCUGAUACCACUACCCUAAGCCCGUUGGCUUCGGGAGGGCAGAGUCCGCCGACCGCGGAUACCACCACGCAUACGGGCAGUACGGACGAUGGUUUGUCUCCCGCUCCCUCGAAUUGCUCGGCGGGUUGCAGCGACAUUAACAUGCAGACCAGACCACAGUCUUGUACCAUGGCCAUGGUACACUGCAUAUCCAGCAGCGAGCCGGACUCGGCCGACCUGAACAGCCAGAGUUCCGACCAGGACUGGAGAAGGAACCAGCCGGUCAGCACCACCCCCAAGGCUGACUUCUCGGACAUAACCAGCGGCCAGGCGCAUUACGGGAAGAAAUCCACACCUACUCACGUCGCUUUUGCCGAAUCGUCCACUUUGGUGUCGGGACUGCAGUACAUUACGGAACAGAUGAAGUCGCAGGAGGCCGUCGUGAGCUCAAGGAACUACGAGAAGCUGAUGCAGCACAAGAGGAAGAGCAGCGAUACUCUCGUCGUCAUGGAGACGCACCACAUGCACUCUUCCUUGUUCGAUGAUGAUGAGGAAAACGAGAAAGGCGACGUUAAAGGCCGACACGCAUUCGUUGUCGGCGACCUAGUCUGGGGUCCGGCCAAAGGCUGCCCGGCGUGGCCCGGCAAGAUCGUAGAGGUGCAUGACGGCAGUGUGUCCGUCCAGUGGUUUGGAUCGGAAAAAUUUGUCAGUAAAAUCGAGUGCAGCUCGUUGCAAACGUUGACCGAAGGCCUAGAUGCACACCAUCGAGCUCGAAAAAAGAGCAGAACAAGUCGCAAAUUGAAUAGUCAGUUAGAGAAAGCAAUACAAGAAGCCAUGGCUGAGCUGGACAAGGAGUCCGGGCAGGAUUCCGAGGAGACAGUCAGGGAGCCCUCGAGGACUCCGAAACCCACCCCGAGGGCGCCGCCCGUCGCGACGGGCGUCAAAAAGGUAUCGGGACGGUUGCGCAGUAGCCAGCGGUGAGAGCCAUACUUAUCAAAAAUAAAUUGAAGGACCAACAUCGAAUGAAAAAAAUGUAUAAAUGUACGUAGCAGAAAAUAAGAUAUGUAUGUAGAGGAAAAAUUUUUACUAAUGCUUCUUUAAUGUUUAAAUAUAAUGUAGGCUGAUAUUAUUACUGGUAAUGAUUCCUAGAGAGUAAUAUAAUCAUCUUGAUAUAUAUGAGAAUAUUUUUCAAAUGCCUUUUUUAACUAGUGUAAGAUAGGCCGACGUAAGUAUAAGCCAAAUUUUAGAAGUUUAUACUACCACGUAUGCAAUUUGUGUAUAAAAAGUAAGAUCAUAACGUAAAUUGGGCUUUCAAUGAUGUCUGUCUGAUUAGUUGUGUAAUUGAGACAUAGAAUGUAGACUUUAUCCAAAAAAUAUAUAUAUAUUGCGGGUCAUAAAAUUUCCCUGAAGGUAGGACGACACCUUGUUUCUGUGAAAUAACUUUUUAGUCUCUUUCACUGUGGAUUCAAACACUUUUUAUAAUCCUCGUCUUUUUUUUUUGUCAACUCGCUUUAUUUUGUCAAGUACAAUUAUUUCUAUUUCGACGUACUCUUUAAAAUGUUUUUAUAUAUCUGUUUGUAUGAUGCAACUGUAAAGAUAUGUUUAAUAAAGUUUAUACAAAGAUUUUUUCUUUAUUUAUUAAAGUUGUUUAAAUUUAUGUACGGGGUCUUUAGAAACACACAGAAGUAAACUUAUCAUUUUCGUCUUAUCCAUUAUUGAAAGAUUUCCA